ACUAAUACGUUGAGUUGAACUUCACGGCUACUGUGCUGUUUUUCGCUUUGCUUCACACCAAUCUCAAAUCGGAUCAAUUCGAAGGAGCGUAUUGGCAUCUUAGAAGGUUUUGACUGUGGAAUACUCUGCAUCUCUACCUUUCGACCUUUAACUUCCCCUCUAUCCAUUCCCUGUUGCAUUCCUGGACUAUUUUUGAACCUGACUUUUGACGAAUUAACCUAAGGUUAAACAUCAUUUAAAAAAAACAAUGGAUAAAACGGAGCUGAUUCAGAAGGCCAAGUUGGCUGAGCAAGCCGAGCGUUACGACGAUAUGGCCGCAUCCAUGAAGGAGGUAACGGAGAAAGGAGGCGAGUUGUCAAACGAGGAGAGGAACCUGCUAUCUGUCGCUUACAAGAACGUGGUCGGGGCUCGGCGAUCGGCAUGGAGAGUCAUCUCCAGCAUUGGACAGAAGACCGAGGGAAGCGACAAGAAACUCCAAAUGGUCAACGAAUAUCGGGAGAAGGUGGAAUCCGAGUUGCGCGAUAUCUGCAAUGACGUUCUGGAACUGCUGACUAAAUAUUUAAUUGAGAACUCCACAAACCCUGAAAGCAAAGUCUUCUACCUAAAGAUGAAGGGGGACUACUAUAGAUACCUUGCUGAAGUCGCCUCUGGAGCCGACAGGACAGCAACCAUCGACAACUCUCAGGAGGCUUACCAGCAGGCGUUUGACAUCAGCAAGGAGAAGAUGGACCCCACACACCCCAUCCGCCUGGGCCUGGCCCUCAACUUCUCAGUCUUCUACUAUGAGAUCCUCAACUCCCCAGAGAAGGCCUGUUCACUGGCCAAACAGGCGUUUGAUGACGCCAUUGCCGAGCUUGACAAGCUGAACGAGGAGUCGUACAAAGACAGCACUCUCAUCAUGCAGCUCCUCAGAGACAACCUGACAUUAUGGACGUCUGACAACGCGGCUGAGGAAGGUGAGGGCGGGGAAGCAGGAGAGGCUGGCGAGAACGAGAACUAAAGCUUCCUCGGGUCUCCUCCCCCUUAAAAAAAGAAAAAAAAGAAAAACCUUUUUACACGUCUCCAUUCCUUAUUGCUCCACUUAAGAUUUAUUCUAGUAAUGAAACCCAUUUACUGAAAGAGCUGUGUAUGAAAAUUCAAAAUCAUUUAGUCUUUUCACACCACUGCUCUUGGUCAAAAAAUGAAAAAAAAAGAACCCUCCAUUCCAUGGUUUGUGUUCAUCCUGGCCUUUCAUAUGUGCAGUUUCUGCUGUAGAAAAGUAUUAAUAGCUUCACUUUGUAUCGACAUUAUAGUUCAAAUUAGAGAUGAAAAACAAAGUUUUAGGGCCUACUGUUGAGCGACAGACAUCGCCAGUCCCAUCAGAUGAAGGAGUUCGGAUUAUUUGUCAAGGUGGAAAAUAUUUGUCGGAAUAGAUUUGCAAAAUAGAACCCUCCUCUCUUCACUGUAGUCUCUUUAAACGGUUAUGUGGUACGGUUCCAGAUGCUGACACCAUACUAUCAGCCCUUACUGCAGGGACUCCAGUACUGAUGCUGACCUUGACAGUUUCACAGCCAGGUGAUUUCCAUUGGUUUAAAGUCCCCUCCCCCUCCCCUCGGUUAUGUAUUCACAGUCAAGCAUGUCUAGUUGAGGAGAAAACAGUGGGGCUUUCUAAAGACCAAAUAUAGGAACAUGUUAAUGGAAAGAUUAAAAAAUAAAAAAAGAAUUCCGUCAUGCAUGCCAUUUAAUAGUACACUGGAAUGGGACCCAAUGCUGUAUACACACAAAGUCCAAAUGUUAAAUUUUAGUACUUUUCAAUGCAGGUUUGUGCACAUGUAAGAGGGUGUUUGGUUAGUCCAGUGAUUGUCAUUAGAGAUUUGGACCACUAUUGUGUUUUUGCUAAUCAUCGAUUGUAGUCCCCAAAAGCCUUGUGGAAAUGUUUAAUGCCCUAUGUAUCAGCUAUGUAACAUGAAUAAAAACAACAUUUUAUAAACCAA